AAAAAAAAGUAAGAAAAUGAAGGGAUAAAAAGUAAGAAAAGAAUAGGAAAAAUUGUGGACCAAAAAAUGAUAGAAUUACUAAUGUACCAAAGGCGCUUUUUGCAAAAUGUACAUGCCAUGUCAUCCUGACAAUGGGACCCACAUGUCAGUUUCGUGAUUACACUACCGUCAAAUAUGAAUCAGUGCUUUUUUUUUGUUACGUAUUACCGCUAGAGUAGUGGUUUUUUAACAUAAAGUGACGGUUUUUGGUUACACGUGCCUGAAAUGUGGUGGUUUUUUGUAAUCUUCUCGAAAGUUUCGUUUAUCCAAUUAGGUUGAAGGAGUCCUACCCAUGGCAACACGGCCUAAGGAUGUGGUUGUUAACUUGUUAUAUAAGUGGCACCAAAUGAAUAGCUAGGAAGGCAGGCAAAACUCACACAAGAAAACUAGAACAGAAACAAAAAGGAUGAGCGAAGAGGAUCUGAGCAAGAUGGCUAAUUGCUUUGGCGAGGUGGUCGACGACGAAAAGCUGAACAAGAUGGACAAGUACAUGGGGGAGACCCAAGACGCGGGCAGACCGGGCACAGGAGGCCUGGAAUUCGAUGAGCGAGGACGGUAAGGACACGAACGCGAUUAGGUAUGUGGAGGGUCUCAAGGCCAUCUAUGGUGAUGGGCAGUCCACCUUGUGCCUCGUGUAUAACGCGACCGGUGACACCCUCCGCAAGGAGGACAACCACGAUUGGUAUGGUUACAUCGGCCCCAGCGUUCCCUACCCUGCUGUCAUCGGUAAUGGCCAAUGGGCUGCCUUCCAUCACGUCCACCGGACUGGCGAGCCGUCAGGUUCGGUAGGCGCUGUAGUGUACCGUGGCAGGAACAAAGAAGGAGAGUUCAAAGACUAUCUGGUUGCCUGGAGUACUCCAUGGGGUCCCUGGUACCGAAACAAGGCUUAUUGCGAGAUUGGUGCCGUCGGCGCCUUCAAAAAUCUAUGGGGCGGCCUGUAUAACGUUGUGGCAAAUUCCAAUUAUUCUUCCAACGCCAGGUCCGUUGGGUGCGAGAUGGAAGCAAGCAUUGAAACAGGCGACAGUCCUAAGUUCACUGUAAGAAUCAGCUGCCGCUGAUCAGCCAUCGAUUUCCAUAACUAAUUAAAAUGCGCUCAAGGAUCAUCAGACUAUGGAUCCAUCGAUAUGGUUAAGUAAUUCGGUUUGUUACCAAUUGCAUCCUCGUAUGAAUGUAUCAUCUUGUCCUUUCCUUUUAUUCCAAAUAGUUCCACACCUGUAAUUUCAUGUAUUCUAGUUCUGCCGUGAGUCAUCUGGCCUAGUUUAUGUAUCCCGAAUAAUUAUAUAUGAAACGAGAGGUUAAGUCUGUGUUUCUUCACGAA